AUGAUACUGCUGCUUUUUACAACAAUGAUAGCGGGUAUAUCUGCUACAGAUGACGGCCCCGUCUUUCACACGCAAUACGGAGCCGUACGCGGGAUGUCUGUAGACGAGGGAGUGAUAGUCCUCGGACUGCCCUUCGGUGAACCGCCCGUUGGCGAGCUCCGCUGGAAGGCACCUGUGCCGUACAACACGCCCUGGUCUCCCGGCGUCCGCGACGGCAGCGUCCCGGGGCCGGCCUGCCCGCGCCACGGCUGCGGUCCUACCGACUCUGACCCGCAACACGUCUGUCCCCGAGACGGCAGACUCAGCGAGGACUGCCUGUACCUCAACGUCUUCGCCCCGCAUACCGUACUGAACUCUACCGCCAAGCUGCCGGUGUUGUUCUGGCUCCACGGCGGUGGUUUUAACACGGGGACGGGCUCUGCGCUCUGUUACGACGGACGCUUUCUUGCUAACAAAACGAACACCGUAGUCGUCACGACGAACUACAGACUUGGGGCUCUCGGCUUCCUCGUGGCAGGCAAGGGGAAAGACGCAGCGACGGGGAACUACGGAAUACUGGAUCAAAUUGUAGCGUUAAAAUGGGUACAGGAAAACAUCGGAGACUUCGGGGGAGACAAAAAUCACGUCACCGUUGUUGGACAAAGUGCGGGGUCCGAUUCGGUCGGUAUUCACAUGACCAACAACAGGUCUGCCGGCUUGUUUGAGAAGGCCAUCAUGUUGAGCGUACCUUUCACCAUCAACCACAAGUCUCGCGCCGAAGCUACCCGUCUGGGGAACCACUUCGCCCGCUUACUGAACUGUUCGCACGGCGACAUGACAUGCGUACGUUCUAAAACCACGGAACAACUCUUAGACGCGCAGGACAAGUGCGGCAACUUCAUAGCGAACCCUCUCCGUCUGUUUGAGAUGUUCGUGCAGUGGGGACCGUACAUAGACGGAGACAUCUUAGCAGAAGAACUCGUCGACAGAUUUGCCAAGGGACAGUUUCGAAAGAUGCCAUUCAUCAUAGGUACGGUUACAGAAGAAGCCAGACCGUACGUUUUUGGUGCAUUCACCAACAACAUGUCCAGGCUUGAGUUAGAUGGGGUCGCUGUGGCGUUUUUGGGUGGCAAGGCAGAGCGGACAAUUCGUGAGUAUAACCCGCCUAAAACUUCAGAUUACCGGCCUUACUUAUCCCAUGCUGUCACUGACUGGGUCUUUCUCUGUCCCACCCGUAACGCUAGCCGUAAUGCAGUUUUAGCGGGAGUCCCCGAUGUCUGGCUUUUCGUCUUUGACCACUCCUGGUCUUUCAAACACGCCUGGGGCGACAGUACGUACUGCGACGGCCAUGUGUGCCACGGAGAGAACGUCCCGUUCGUGUUUCAAACACCCCCUCUUGCGAACAUCAGUCUAACUGCAGAGGAGCAGGUCAUGGCGGACACCAUAGCCUACCACUACGGGAACUUCGCGCACACGGGAAAUCCUAACAAACACAACCAGCAUCUAGUGAGCUCAAAUAUCAACGUGACAAAUAUCUUACACUGGCCAAAGUACAACAAUGCUAAUCUGUUUACAAUUCUGAACAUCACAACGCCAGAGAACACACUGGUACAGAACUAUCGGCAGGAAAAGUGCGACUUUUGGGACAGAGAAAAUGUCUACAAUAGAGGAAACUGAUGAGCUACAUGUUCGAUAACUUUUACCUUACAAAUAUAUUAGAUAAUGUUUGAAAUGUGAACUAGACUAUAAAUGUAUUUCAAACCCUGA